UGAGACUGCUUCAGUCGAUAGAUUACUGUGCUCUUCUGAAGCCCGUGAUAAGAUCUCGGCAAUUGCUGCUUCCCGUAGGAACAGAGCUGUUAAAAUGACAGUGUAUCAUUAUCUGUUAGUCUGAGCUACUCCAGAGUUUAUGGUAUAAUAAAAGAGUGGGAUCCAAUUAAGGCCUGCAGCAAAGUUCCCCGGGAGCCUUUCUGUUGAAUCUGAAGGCCUUUAGACUGGACAUUUAUUUCCUCUAUUGGAAGUACUAACAUGCAAAUCUAUGUAACAUUGUGGUGUGCUUGAAUGACUGAUGUCAUGAACACCUCUUCAUGUGACCUUACUUAAUACUUACUUCAAGAUUUUGGGGUAUAUCUGCUCUGUCUUAAUCUCCCGUUGGUGUCUGAACAGGGUGAGGAAAGUAUAGUCAAAUGUGCUGUUGUGUUAAGAGUGUAUGUAUGGCAGCUAUAGUGUGGUGCAGAGUGCCAGUGGUUAGGAGAAGUUGCAGAAAAUACUUAAUAUCCAAAGGGGGAAUUGGCAGACCUCAGACUCCAGAGUAGUUACAGCUUGGGAGCCUGAACUGAAGGUAGUGUUUUGAAGGCUGGGAGGAAUGGAAAUAAAGGGCUGUAGGCUACAGAGUGAAAAACUAAUGUUAGGUAUUUCUGGCAGGAAGGAGGGUCAGGCAUUCUGGUGCAGAAGGCUUUGGGACAAGGGGCUGAGACCCACCAUGAGCACCUCUUCCCAAUGAACAUCUGCAGGUCUCUGGAAAGUAAGGCUGUGUUCGUGGGACUGAUCCCUUUUGUCUGAUCUUCCCUUGCGUUCUGUGUCCGUCCUUUGUGGCUAGAAGUGUGAUGCUGUCACGCUAAGUGUGGAACUCAUUCGUGCAACUGAGAGCAACCUUCUGUAAAUCACGAAAGAACUUCUUAUUCCAGUCACUACUGCAAAUGAACAGCUACAAGAACUUUCCAUUUGAAGAACAGCGCUUCAGCAGACUUCCUCUUUCUACCCCUGAAGCUUUUGGGGUAUUUGCACAGAGUACGGGACUCAAAACCAGGAGAUGAGUGGCAUGGGAUGACUCAUUCUCAAAACCAGAAGCAUUUGACUUUGGAAAACUGACUUCAGUUCUAGCCCUUCCUCUUUAAAGUUUUAUAUUGCACGACCUUUUAAACGAAAUGUCGAGCUUCCUUUUUAACUGACGGGAUCUCCGCAGUGACACCGAGUGUGAUUCAAGAAGGAGUUUCGUAACUUUAUCAAUCCCCGUAUUCAUCCGCUGUCUUCAGUUCUCAUGACAUCACUGGCUUUAAGUUCCUCAUAGCAUAAUAAUUCCUUCUGCGCAUGAUUCUGCUUUCUCCAGCAUGGAGAUCCUAUUGUAUUACUACUGACAUAUUCUGAAACCACCCUAACACCAGUGAGCGUCAGUAGUUACGUGACUCCUGCAAUAACCAGUAACAAAGGUUUAGGAGGAAUGUACAAAAAGCCUGUAACGUGGCCAGUUGUAGAUUGUUUCUCUCCAGUAAUUUUCUCUGUUGGAGGCCAUCUGAUUUCCACUGAAGUCAGCUUCAUAUUCUCGAAGUGAUCUUAGGUAUUUUUUGGGGGGGUCACGUUAGAUGUUCCAGCAACUGCUGUAGCCAAAUAAAAAAAAACAAACCCCAAAAAAACCCCAACCAAAACUCCACACCGCUUUUAUCCCAUGUUGCUGAGAAGAGUAUGCCUCCUCUUUUCAGGCUUGGCUUUGACGCUGAGGUCCAGGCACGCAUACCCUCCAGGAUUUUGGAUUUUAUUGGUGUCCAUUACAUUCAGAAAUGAAGUGCUGUGUGCUAGCUGGAUUUUCACAGGAGGCAGCAGGUUGCCUGUUGCCAUAUCUUGGUCCCUCAUUUUAUUACCACCCCAUCCCCACUCCAUUUUUUUCCGUUUGUUGAAGCAUGCUUCAGAAAUACAUUACGCUUUUUAAAUUGUCUGUGUUUCUGGGAGGUACAUGGGUAACUUCUUUCUUUUCCUUUUCUCUGUGCAUCUCCUAGAACUCCCUUAUUCUUUCAGUACCUUUAGGCAUUGUAGCUUCUUUAAACAGAUCCAAUAUUUGGCAGUGAGGUAACAGCCAGUUCUCUGUUCCCGGAACAACAAAUUACCAGUUUCAGAUCCUUAAAUAUGGGAUGUUGGUAUUUGAAUCUGUGGAACAUUUCAAGGCUGGGAGUAGAGUGUAUGUGCACAUACACAUUUAUGCUCAAGUACGGUACUUUUGUAUUAGAAUGUCUUUGUAUGAUUCCAUUUCCGUAAUGAAGCAUUUCAUCCGUUUCCUUUUUUAAAAGAGAGGACAGUUCAUUUCAAAUGUGUUAAUGUUGUGAAAGGAAACAGUGUAGAUUAGUGCUGCUGCUAAUUUAACCCAGCAUUUGCAGCAAAAAUGCCUAAGGGUCUUUUGGUUUGAUUUGCAUUUUGCUGUUCUUAUAAUAUGAAUCCUAAGUGUGGAGGGGGGGAGUAGUUGUGCUGGGUUUUUGUUAUUUUUCUCUUUUCUCUUAACGCUUAAUAACACAUAGGCUCUGUGGGAAAUGUGGUUAGAGAUCUAGAAAACCAUUUUUCCUAGUUCCCUGGUUUUUCUCUUGUUAAUCCUGUACAGUCAGUACAGAAGAAAAAUAAACCCCUGCAAAAUAUAAAGUCACCAACCUGGUGUCAGAGAUGGAAUUUAUGAAAACACCCCUUUUAGCUGCCUCGUGUUUGAGAUAUUAGACUGUGGCAGUCAAGAUCAUAUUCUCCAGACUGCAUUCUUCAUACGCAGAAAUACUGGCAGCCAUGUGUUAAGUUAUAAAAAGAUAGCAGCUGAUGUCAGGGCUUAUUUCAGAGAGGAGCCAUUUCAGAAUACUGUACUAAUUUUGAGCAGGUAUAUGUAAAAUAGAAUUCUUCCCUUGUCAUGUAGCUUUCAGUGUAAACUGAUACAGAGCUGAAUAAUAGAAUAGAAAAAAAUGAACAAAUAAUAAGCUGCAGUAUAUAAUGCACUUAAAAAAAGAAUUGUCAGCAUUACGCGUGAUUAUCUGUGCAGAACUGAGAGGAACAGAAAACCGGUUCAGUUUGGGCUGUAUGUUAGGGAUUAGAUUUUUGAGCUGGUACAAAAUCCUCCUGCUCUGAUGUUGGAAAGUUACCCCAAUUUGAACCAGAGCCUGAGCUAAUUUAAAACUAUUCAUAGAGGAGUGCCCAGCCUUUCUGUGCAAGCGAUCCAUGUAUCACAAGCAGCCCUCCAAAUGCACUGACUUUAUGUGUGCAGAAGCGUGUUCUCUGCUCAUGCUGGGUGUGGAUCAACACCAUGCUCAAAUAUAGCUGUGUCUGGACAGAAAAAUUAAUCUUGAACUCUGCUUCAUUUGGUUGGCAAUAUUUAACAAAAUUAAUGUCAUCCACUGAAAGGGCAUGAAUUUAGCUCCGUAAUUUCUUUUUAAUGGUGAUUUUUUUAGUGGCCUCUGGGCUAGGUUCAUAUAUUCAUUUCAUGCGCAAUGUCUGUCUCAGGAUUUCUUAAACUUACCAUGCCAUUGAAAUACCAGUUCUGUGAUAAAUCCAUUCCUUUGGUUUUCAUUAAUGUCAGUUAAAUCAAAGAGCUUCACCCAGAAGUUUCUAGCACUAUCAUGUUUUGCAUACUUACACAAUAUUUAUUUACAAUGUGCAGUUCUGUUUCUACAAAUUAGGAUUAAUGUCCAGGGACAGCAGAAUUCUUAUUCUAACUGCUGAAAUUGUCUCAGCUUGAGAAAAGCGCAUAUAAGAGUUCAGGCAUCAGUGCACCAUCCGAAACUCAAAUAUAUAUAUAUCUGCUUUAGCUGAGUAUGUGAAUUGGAUACAAAUAACUUUCACCAUUUGCAGCUUUAUGACAUCUGGCUGAUAAGAUAAAGAUGUAAGUGAUCUUAGACAACUUAGACACUCCAUGUGUGUGUUGGAAGCCAAUGGAGGUAGACGAGGGGGUUUUUUUCUAUCACAAUCAACAUUUUGUAGUUGCUGCUGAGUCACAAGUUGAACUGAUAAUUUCAGUGAUAGUGGGAGCAAUUGCUCCAUAAGGAAUGUAAAGGCAUAAUCUCUGGUAAAUGUUCUGCUACUUUAUUAUGCGAACUAAUAACAUUUUAACACACAAAUAAUGUUAAGUUUGUAUUUUGGUAAAUUUAAAUUCAGUUCUUAAUUUGAAGCCCAAGGUGCUUUCUGUCCAGAACUCCUACACGUGAAGGUAUAAAAUCAAAUGGGUAUUUGUCUUAAAAUAACUAAUGGUAUGAUGAUAUUAGAUGGAUUGAUAUCUAAGACUUUUUUCCUUGUUUGUUUCAGGACAUCAGGCACGAAGCCAGUGACUUUCCAUGUAAAGUGGCCAAACAUCCCAGAAACAAAAAUAGAAAUAGGUACAGAGAUGUCAGCCCCUGGACCUUUGCCAAAUACUUGUGGUCACUUCUGGGAGAUGGUUUGGGAACAGAAAAGCCGUGGUGUUGUCAUGUUGAACAGAGUGAUGGAAAAGGGAUCUGUCAAGUGUGCACAGUACUGGCCACGGAAGGAGGAGAAAGAAAUGUUUUUUGAAGAUACAAACUUGAAACUAACAUUGAUAUCUGAAGAUAUAAAAUCCUAUUACACAGUACGACAGCUAGAAUUGGAAAACCUUACAACACAGGAAACCAGAGAGAUUCUGCACUUUCAUUAUACUACGUGGCCUGACUUUGGUGUCCCGGAGUCACCUGCUUCAUUCCUCAAUUUCCUGUUCAAAGUGAGGGAGUCCGGCUCCCUUAACCCGGAGCACGGGCCCGUUGUGGUGCACUGCAGCGCCGGGAUCGGGAGAUCCGGAACUUUCUGUUUGGUUGAUACAUGUCUCCUACUGAUGGACAAACGGAAAGAUCCUUCUUCUGUGGACGUUAAACAGGUUCUCCUGGAGAUGAGGAAGUACCGCAUGGGGCUCAUACAGACAGCAGACCAGCUCCGCUUCUCCUACCUGGCUGUUAUUGAGGGGGCAAAAUUCAUCAUGGGAGAUGCUUCAGUGCAAGAACAGUGGAAAGAGCUCUCCAAUGAAGACCUGGACCCACCACCUGAACACACCCCACCACCUCCCAGACCACCAAAGCGAACCUCAGAAAUGCACAAUGGAAGGAUGCAUGAACACACAGAAUUCCUUCCUAAACAUCAAGUAGUAGAGGAAGAGAUUAGGUGUUUGGUUAGCACUGUGGAAGAGAUGGUUCCAGAUGGCCGAGCUCAUUCAUCUGUGCCACUGAUCACAGACAGCACUAGUCAAGACACUGAAAUUCGGAGGAGAACUGUUGGGGAAAACCUGCGUCUCUCACCCCACAAAGAAGAGUCGAUGAAGUCGGAGAACUCAGAAGAGGAGGAUGAGAACAUGGUGACAACCUGGAAGCCAUUUCUAGUGAAUAUAUGCAUGUUCACCUUCCUGACGGCGGGAGCUUACCUCUGUUACAGGGUGUGUUUUCAUUGAUGGACGUGCCAGCAAGAGCGACCCUGCAGAAAACACCACCGAUCCCAUGGGUUUGUAAUCAGCUCCUCUGAAGGAAAGCGAACGGAGGCGCCUGAGCCUCGUCUCAGUGGAGGUAGAUCUUAGCUUGAAAGGCCAGAACUUUGGUUAGGGCUUAACGAGAGAAUUGAUGCACUAGGGUUUUAUCUAGCCCUGUGGUCCCAAGAACAUAAUAUUCUAAUCUCAGGGCCUUAAAAUAUUCAGGAGUAAGCAGAGAAAAUGCCAAAUAGUCUGUUUUCCUUUUCUUUUUUUUUUUCCUCCUUUAUUUUUUAACUCAAUAGUAGAAUUACAACACAUUGUUGUUUUUAGCCUUUUUUAAAAAGCCAGUUCUUGUUCUUUUUCUUUGGUUUCAGAAAAACUAGGCACAAGUGAAACUUGCUUGUACUCUCCAAGUGUUGUAACCAAAUACAUGACUUAUUGACGAGUUCCCAAAAACAGAAAAAGAACCCCACAUACCUGAAGAAUGUACCUUUUUGGAAGGGGAGGGCACUAGGGGACGGGUGUUGUGGUUGGGGUUUUUGGUUUAGGGGUUUUUUUAACUUGCUUCAUCAUUACAGACUGAGUUGUGGGCAGUGCCUGUGGUAUUGAUAUAUUUAAUCUUGGCAUAACUGUUCUUAAAGAGCUUAUUGUUUUACAUGUGUUUAUAGAAACAGGCUUCUGCAUUUGCUCAGGGUAUCCCAACAUGUCCAGCUCUUUUUCUUUUCCUUCCUUUUCUUUAGUGAGUCUAUCCCCUCAUUGACUUUUGUUGCACUCUACUUGCACAUGCGCCUAUUUACAUUGCACCAUCCUUUGUAAAGCUGGUUUUACUUUUACAUUCUGGGUUAGGAGAGGUUGAGGGGAGGGAGAGAAACAGGAAGGGAAAUUCAACCAAAACGUGUCCACCAGCAUUGUGCAGCUGGCAUUCAGAUGGACCACUGCUUAAACCUCAUCAUUUGGAAUGUAAAAUGCAGUUUCACUCUGCCCCGUAAGGAAUAGCUUCCUGCGAGGGCCGGGGAGGUGACGUGCUCGGAGGCACCGCAGGCAAUGAGCAGGAAAGCACUGCAGUAAAUCCAGAGCAAUUAAUGCUGUGGCAGCUUCCUCAAGACAUAAAAAAAGCUCAACAGAAGCCAUGUUGGUCUGUGAACGUAUCAGUUGGCAUAGGAUGCAAGCGUUCGUGUGCUGCUUUGUUCAGAGCAAAGGUUUCAUAGACUGGCUUUAGUUUGGUUGGAGAUUCGCUCUUCAGCAUCGCGGGGCAGAGCGGCGCGAGGGGCAGCCCUGCUCCUCUGCAGCAGGGGAUGGGGAUGCUGCCCCUGCGCCAUGCCCGGGACUCGGAUCAUGUAAAGUGCUUGUAAAUAAGGAUUUGGGUGCAUUGGUAGAACUGUGACUGGAAGUCGGCAUUGCACUAACUCUUAGUCAGUGCUGUUCCUCUUGUAGUACCAAAUUAUUAACGGAGUAAUAGCAAAGGUGUCUUUGCUCACGUCAUGGCGCAGAGGAGUAAACUCACUACCGGAGGUUGUAGUGAUUGAAACCAUGACAGCUGAUUUACAACAGUGUUACUAAUCAGUUCUUUUUAUUUCUAAAGUCUUUCUAGAGUUAUAGCACUUACUUAGCCACCAUUCUCAGUGCGAGCAUCGCUAUGGAGUACCUUACGUAAGUCUCUCCACUCCAUAUUUAUUUGUGCAAAGCUGUCUGGGUGUAGCUCUUCCUUCAGUGAAUAAGUUGGUGAACGGUGGGGGGGGUGGGGGGUGGGAAUUACUUCUAUUUUGUGUUUUGUUAAGCUUGCAUCAAGGGCUUUUCAAAAGUACAAUAAUAAAUCCUCAGGUAGUACUGGGAGUCAAUACUUUACCUGUGAGACUGUUGGUCAGACCAGUACUUGAAAGGAGGAAUGUUGUAAUCAGUCAAUAUUUAGUUAUAUUAUUGGAAACAUGAAAAAUGAGUAUAGAAAAAUGGUAAUAUAUAAUGGCUCAUCUGUGUAUUUAAGAUACAUUAUGUGAUUGCUUUGUCCCCACUAUUCUCUCCAUCAUCUGGUAGAAUAUUGUUCUAAGGCAACAUUUGUACCCCGUUUGUAUUAAAAUGCAUGUAAAGUCUUCUAGUGUCCUGAUUAAAUACCACGUGCUUGAAAGGUGAAAGAACUUAUAUUUUUGCUUCCUGAUGUGCCCAAAUGAUAUUUGCAUGACCUGAUCAUUAAGUGGCUGUGGUUCCAAGGGUGUUGCUGAAAGUCCCUUCGUUCAGCGCUAGACUGGUUCGGUGUUUAUCGGAUAACAUGUACUCGCCCAAUCCUUGGCAUGACUUCCUAUUGAAUUCCUGCGUACUCAGUGUAACCCGGUUGUUCAGCAUGGUUCAUUUCAGCUGAGUAAGUAUAGUACAGACAUUCCAGAGAGUUUAGUAAGCCCUACCCACACCUCACCCAGGGCACUUGGGGCACGCAACGGCGCAGUGAGUUCAGGGGCUGCCUGCUGUGCUGCCACUGGGAGAGGAGGAGAGGAAAACCUCGAGCUGGAGCCCAGCGACAGCCUGCUCUGACCUGCAGCGGUGCAGCUCCUGCAGCAGUGGCCCAUUUGAAAAGGAGGAACUGUAACUGAAAGAACUGUCCUGGUCCCAGGAGGGAGUAUGAUAUUUUAGGCCUGACAGGAAAACUGAGCAUCCUUCCUUUAGAUGCAGAACAACUCCCUCUAAAACAAGAGAAAGCAUCUUCAGCUGAUAAAAGUUCUGACUGUCCCCCUUCCUGCCCCUGGCUUUUGCCAUUUCUCCCCCUAUUCCAAACAUCCCCUGUCCUGGGAUAGGCCGUGGAAUGUCCCCCCAAGCCUGGUGAGGUGUGUGUAAGGUUUAUCAUACUGAACUGUAAGCAUUUUUGUUUCGAUGUCCUGUAUAUGUAUGUAGUAGUUUGGGUGUGUAUAUACAGUAGCGUUUCAAAGUGGGUGUAUUGGUUAACCUGUUCUUGGAAAAUGGACAAACAUCCAUGUUAAACUUGUUAGAAAGUUAGUGAGCUGCUCUGCUAUAUGCCUUAAGCAAAUAUUUACUCAUCAGGUCUUUCUUUUUUACAGAUUGCCAUAGAAUAAACUUUUGUAAAAAAAAAAAAAAAAAAAAGAAAAGAAAACCCAAAAAAGCUCAAUGUUUUGGUAUAACACAGUUUCAGGUCUCUGUCUUUUGUGUAAGCGCUGCAAAGACCUCACAGGUUCGAGUAAACUGUACAGUUUUUCAAUUUCCCAUACGAGUUUUCAGUUCUCAUUUUAGUUGUAACAAUAAAACUCUUUUUUUAAAGAAGGU